GGUUAAACUCCCACCAGAUGUUAAUGUACUCCUCUAUGUGUAGUAUUUUCUGCGGCUCUGUUUCCAGUUGUAUUUGCCCGGCUUAGCUUUAGUUUUAUACAUUUGUUUUAUUUAUAUCACACAACAAUGGCCACUCUCCGCGCGCUGCAGAAACUCUGUCGGUAUUCUCACCGUCAGUCGUGUAGUUUUCAUGUGUCGGCUUCAAGACCAGAUGCUGUGGUCAUCUCGGGCCGCAAGUUGGCUCGUCAGAUCCGUAACGAAGUACGUGAUGAUGUGGACGAGUGGGUCGCUGCUGGUAACCGACGGCCUCAUCUGAGUGUAGUGUUAGUUGGCGACGAUCCAGCCAGUCACUCUUAUGUACUUAACAAGACUCGCGCCGCAGCUGAAGUCGGUAUCAGUAGUGAGACCAUCUUGAAGCCUUCAAGUGUUUGUGAAGAGGAAUUGGUUGAACUGAUCAACAAACUAAACUCGGACAACAGAGUAGAUGGUCUUCUGGUACAACUUCCCCUUCCUGAUCACAUAGAUGAGCGGCUUGUAUGUAAUGCCGUAUGUCCAGGGAAAGAUGUUGAUGGUUUCCAUGUGGUGAAUGUUGGUCGCAUGUGCCUGGAUCAGUCAACCGUGUUACCUGCCACCCCGUGGGGAGUUUGGGAGAUUAUAAAACGUACAGGUAUACCGACACUUGGCAAGAACGUGGUGGUGGCCGGGCGCUCUAAGAAUGUGGGGAUGCCCAUCGCAAUGCUCCUUCAUACGGAUGGACGGCACGAAAGGCCAGGAGGUGAUGCUACAGUAACCAUCUCUCACCGUUACACUCCUAAAGAACAACUCUGUCAACACACCAAGAUCGCUGACAUUGUUGUUGCUGCUGCAGGUAUUCCCAACCUCAUCACUGCUGAUAUGAUAAAGGAGGGUGCCGCUGUCAUAGAUGUUGGGAUCAACAGAAUAUUUGACCCCUUGACUGGCAAAGAUAAACUUGUUGGUGAUGUGGACUUUGAAGGUGUUAAAAAGAAGGCCAGUUACAUUACUCCAGUUCCAGGCGGUGUUGGACCCAUGACCGUGGCAAUGUUGAUGAAAAAUACAAUCAAGGCUGCAAAAAAUACAAUUUUUUCGCCCUCUCAGCGGGUUCGAAUGGCUGCGACCUCAUGAUGACCUUAUUCUCAACUCAUUUUAGAUGACGACUCCUCCAUUUACACUUUUUCAAAAUAAAUAGUUUUAUUGCAAAUAUUUUUAGAUUUGAUGAAAUGAAUGUGCUUUUCCAUUCAUAUAUCUCCAACCUAAAAUGAUUACUUUAUUACAGUCAUAACAUUUGGUGUAUAUUUUGCAUUACGAUUUCUACAGUUACAGCUCACUUAUUACGUUUCUGUUUUUAUGUCAGGAGAUGCUUUGCUUUGCGAUUUAUUUUUGUUUUUUGUAAGGGUAGUGAAACAAACAUGUUUGCCUUUUGCAUCAACAGGGUUAGAAUAUGGGGUGACCACGUCCUCAGUAUUGGUCAAUGACUUUGAGUUAUCUUUAAAGAUAACUGAUCCAAAAACUAUUGCUAUUAUUUAUCAUGUAUUUUAUUUAGAAAAUCUGCUGUUACCGUAGUCCGUCCCCAUAAAAAAAGGGGUCUGUAGCUUAAACAACACGUUACCUCUGUAUUUUAUUUAUUGCUCGUUUGACCUCUGGAGUUGCAAAAUGUGGUUAUAAUGGAGCAGUGGUUAGACGCAUGCAGAAAUGUGUAAAAAAAAAAAGUGUGUAUUAAAACGUAAGAUGAGCUGACAGGUUUGGGCUAAAGCAAAAAAAUGUUUUUUUUUUAUUACAUACUAUGGCAUAUGUAAAUCGUCAUUUAUUUGCACACUUGCUGCUGUUAAAUCAAUAAAUUACUAGUAAUAUAUUAAAACUGAAGAAAUGCUUCACAUUAAAAUGUAUAAGUUUUUAAGUGAAAAAAUGCUUCUGUUUUGUUUUACUAGUUCAAAAAGUAAAAAGUGUAUCUGUCGUGAUCUUGUUCUGUAUUUCCCCAGUCAUGUCUCUUAUUUUGAAACUCUGGUCUGCCGUUUUGUAGUCUGUUUGUAGUUCUGUUUGCUCAUUGGUUCCCCUGUUUAUGAUUUGUCCCCUGUGUAUUUAUAGCUGUGUGUCUCAGUUGUAUGUUGUCAGUUCUUGUUGGUGUAACUGUUUGGUGCCCUGCCCUUUGUUCUGUGCCCAUAAGGAAUUUUUCGUUUCUGUUUUUGCCUGCUUUGUUUUGUGUUUUGUCAAUAAAUGUCUGUAUUUGGA